AUGGCUUCCUUGUCGCGUAUCCUCGCCCCCGAUCCCGACCCUUCCCAAGCACCUCCCUCUCCCUCACCAGCUGCCACGCCCACUCGUCCUCCUCCUCCAGCGCCUCCUGUCGAGCGGCCGUCUGCCAUGCCGCCCCGGAAGAAAGCCCAGGAGCCAGUGGAUGACGACGCCGUCUCAACACCCAAAGCCGAUGCUUCCAAGGGUCCGGACGAGGGGGACGAAACCACGUAUACCUCCACCACCACCUCCACCAGGCGCAAUGCGAACGGGAACACCUCGACUGUCUACUCGGGCAACAAGAUUAGGCAUCUCAAGAAGGAGGAUGGCAUUCCCCUGUGGAGGAAGGACAUCCAAUACGACUUUCUCAAGCUCGUGUUCGACGAUCAGACAAAAUGCUUCACCAAGUACAGCGACCGCUCCAAGGGACACACCUUUGCAGACAUCUACAUUGAUGCCAUGGCCAAGAGCAGCAAGUGUAGCAAGAUCUUGAAGGAGAAGCUUCUCCAGGACCAGGACGGAGCCAUCAGCAUGGCCAUGGUCUGCUUGCUGGUCAACGUCGGACGUAUGAACACGACACUGAAUUGUAAUCUACCCCACACACCUCCCAAGUGCUCAAGCUGCAGAGGUGGCAUUGCUGACGGUGUCUAGUCUUCCCCGAAAUGCGAGCCCAAUUGCGGACCUACCAUUCCAUACCCGCCCUACAGGCACACCAGGACCCAAAUGCGUACAAGCAGCUUCAGGAUGCUCCUCGCCUCAAGUCCAUCCUCAAGGGAGCCACGGAAGAUGAACCACAGCCAAGUACGAUGGAGGACAUCAAAGCCACUGCGAUUCCACGGACCAACCCCGUCAACCUCAUCUUCGUUAUGAGCCAGUAUGCGCCCAAGGUGAGCGAGGUCCACUUCCAGCCUCCGCGUGACUUCUUUGAUCUGGUCAUGAAGUCCGACAUCAGUAGUGAGAGCCGAGCCAAAGCAUUCCUGUGGUUGAUCUGGUGGUACCUCGAGAGCGACUUCAGCUACGAAGACAGCCAACGAAAUCCUUUCGGGCCUGGAAUCUAUGGCGAGGAUGAGGAGGGCACGACUGGAACCCUUCCGCUGAGAGUGCCGACCCUGCAGAGCUUGACGGAAGAAGAAGCCGCCCUCGAGAACGUGGACACAGAGGACGAGCAGCACUUUGGCGAGGUCAAGCGGAAAGAACGUAUCGCGAUCCUGGCCAGUGAGCCGAGCCCGGCCAUGACGGCUUUGAAACGAGCGAGGAAGGAGAAGGGCUUGACGACCGGCCACAACGCACAGCCCAGCGAUGAUGAAGGUAGCGAGGCUGGCUACCAAAAGACUAUCCGUGAGUUCCUCCAACUCAAUCCGAACGUACUCAUGCUGACAUUCCACUCUAGCUACGUCGGUCGGCAGGAGUGGCCUGCAGCACGAGACCGGCAGUGAGUACACAAGAUCUCCAUCCCCAGUUGCCCCUCGUGGGUUUCAAGCUGUCAAUGCGAAGCCUGUGGGUGACAUGCGCAUCAACAAUCUCUUGAACAGCGACGACGUGGGCCCCGACAUGUCUCCCUCACACGGCCCCACACCUGCUGCACCUCCCGUUAAGAAAGGACCUGGCAGAGGGAACUGGCGUCGUAACAAGAAACCCGAGGCAGCCGCUCCUGCACGGUCAUCUCAAGAUGGCUCACAUCACGUUCCCCUACUUCCAAACACAGGCCAGAUCAGCUUCGUCAACGAUGGCCCUGCGCAAAUGCAGGUACCCCAGUCCUCUCCGAAUCAGCCGUCAACAAUCUCCUUUGCUGCCCCGAAUACCCACGACCACAUCCCUACACCAUCGUAUCAGGCGCAAAAGCGACAUCGUGGCGUCACGCAGCAUCAGUCAGCUGUGAAUCAACAUCGAAAGAUGCAAAUCGACUACACACUAGACAAGAGGAUACGCAAGGAGCACAUCCGAGCACGGGACAAGCGAGAAGCAGAGGGUGCAAUCAUUCGCGCUUGGAAGCGCAUCCGCUCCAUGCCACCUGAUUACGACUCCGAGGAAGAAGGAAUCAAAAUACGAAAGGUCAAGGAUCGUGUUAAUGGGAAUGAUGAUGAUUGGCGGGUCACCAAGGGCAACAAAGAGAACGAAGAUUUCAUGGACGUCGACUCAUGGCGUCGUCCACGAGUGCUCUUUGCCGGCUACGUACGCAUGAACCAGGAGCCUUCAGAUGUCGGGGAGGAGGCGAAGACUCUUGCACAAUCUUUCCGUCGAGCUUCAAGACGACUCGAGCGAUGGCAGUCUUCUGCACAUCCUGGGAAUAUCGUUGAGCGGCGGAGAGAACGGGAAGCAGCGGGUGUCAUGAGAUCGCGGCGGCGUAGCAUGCCGUCGAUGGAUCGAGAUGGACUCGAGGUCGUUGAGAACGUGAUUCCCCUCCGAGGUGGCGUCAAGAGGCCAAGAGGUGGCGGUAGAAAGUCCACGGGACAGAGCCAUGCGAGCCACCAGGCCACGAAGGCCCAGACCGAGGCUGAACCGUACGAGGAAGAUGGCGGGGCAGAGCUGGAUGAGGAGGAUAGAGAGCUCCUCGGCGAGGUGGAUGCAGAUGAGAGCGAGGAGGAUGAAGACGAGGACAUGGACGACUGA